CUUUUUAACCAAAAUGAAGUGCUACUACGAGGUUCUCGAAGUCGCCCGAGAUGCGGAUGAUGCUCAAAUCAAGUCGUCGUAUCGGAAACUCGCGUUAAAAUGGCAUCCCGAUAAAAACAUCAACAACGAAGCAGAGGCAAAGGAACAAUUCCAACUUGUGCAGCAAGCGUACGAAGUGCUCUCGGAUCCGCAGGAACGCGCAUGGUACGACAAUCAUCGUGACGAAAUCCUCAAAGGCAAGAAUACGGACUACGAGGAGGAAGCUCUCGAUGUCUUUCAGUAUUUCACGGCCUCCUGUUACAAAGGUUACGACAAAAAUGAACCGAAAAACUUUUACGCCGUUUACUCGGAUGUCUUUUCGCAAAUCUUCUCGGAGGACUUUGAGUACAUGACAGAAGAAGAAAUCGAAGCAGUUCCUAUUUUUGGAGAUGCUGACAGCGAUUACGAGACAGUGGUGCGCCCCUUUUACGCCUUUGCCGAAAGCUAUUCGACGAAAAAGAGUUAUGCGUGGCUCUUUCCGCAUGACGUCACCGAAAAAAUCCAUCGGAAAAUCAACAAACUCAUGGACAAGGAAAAUAAAAAGAUUCAGUUGAAGGCAAGGAAGGAGCGCAACGAAGAAGUCAGAAAUCUAGUCAAUUUCGUGAAAAAACGUGAUCGAAGAGUGGCGGCCUAUAAAAAACUUUUGGAAGAAAAAGCUGAGGAAAAUCGCAUCAAAAGUGAGAAAAUCCGUUUGGAACAAAUGCGACGCAAGGAAGAAGAAUUGAGAGAACAAGAACUGAAACACGCAAACGGCGUCUUAAACAAAGGCUACGAAGAGCAAUUGGAACAACUGGAAAGCGCCUAUGCCAAACUUUACACGCAAGACUCGGAAGAAGAAGAAGAAGACUCUGACAACGACGACGUUUUGUACUGCGAAGCCUGCAAUCGACUGUUCAAGGACGAAAACUCGUACAAAAAUCACCUUUCAACGAAAAAGCACAAAGCGAAUGUGAUGCUGCUGGAAAUUCAGCAAUCCAAAAACGAAAUAGACGAAGAAGAAACGGAAAAUCCCGAAAAUCAUGAACAAGAAAAAUCAAACAAUGACGAAGAAGUGUCUCCUGAACCUAAAAAACGGGGCAAAAACAAGAAACAAAAAGGCAAGAAACCCAUUUCAAGAGUCUCGGAAUCAUCAGAGACUGAAAUUCAUGAGCCCGCAAUAACGCUUGAAAGUAAACCCGAUGACGACGAUGACUUUGCCUGGGAUGAUGGCAAUAAAAAAUCCAAAAAAGGAAAGGGAAAAGGCAAAAACACGAAAAAUGUAGCAAAACAAGAACCUACAACAGCUUCUUCAGCUCCGACGGAGGAAAAAGUGCCACAAAAAUCUCAACCAGCUGCGAGUUCAGCAUCACAAGACUUGAAAUGUGCCACGUGCAACAAUAGUUUCCCUUCGAAAAAUAAACUUUUCAAUCAUUUGAAGCAAUCGGGACACAGUGUGUACUUACCGAAGAAGAAAUAACCAAUUUUUUAGGUUGUCAAUAAAAUAGUUAAAAAAUUUAAUUUUCUACAGUUUUUUGUUCUUCAUGAACCCAAAA